AGCAGCUAUUAUCCUAUUUCAUUCUACACUACUCCGUUAAUAUUGCUUAACAUUUAACCAUCGGUGUUGUCGUUGGCAUGUCCCACGAAGCGCUCAGAUGGUAGGAAAGAUAAAAUCCUAGCCACCAAGGGAGAAACUGACCUCAACAAAAUGGCUACACCCACAGUUUCGGGCUUCAUUGGCGCUGUGAUCAUUCGUCCCGUCGUCGUGGCUAUAAACAGUCUUGUGCUCGCAUCCCUCAUGUCCUACGUGAUCGCUGAACGACUUGACUGGAGGCCGAUCACCGUAUGCGUUACAUGCGACAUUCUUGCUGUCGGCAUUGACCACUUUAAGGACCAAAAAAUUAUCAUUAGCGCAUGCGGCGCAGCUGCUGAACAACGCUUCGCCUCCCUGUUCUUUCUUACCCGCAUGUUUCUGGUCCUGAAUGCAUCACUGCUUGUGAUCGCUUUAUGUCAAGGUUCACCAAAAAUGACUAUCGUCACCGCGAUUUUUACUACCCCCGCUUUCCUGUGGGCGACGCCGCUCAACCCUCGGCGAAUUGGUGCGGUCAUCCAGAGAUCCUUACCCGCAAAGCAUGGUCAAGAAGUGGGGUAUAGUUCGUCGAUACCUGGUACUCCAUUCGUCAUCAAACGAGUCCCUGGCAUGAAGGCUAUAUUCAACGGCAUCAUCCGAGGUUGUGGGAUAUUUUUCGUUGUUCACUCCUCACUGCAGGCAUCGUGGAAGUCAGAUUUCAACGCGCUCCCAUGGACGAUCAUUGAGAUUGUCAUGUGGUCGACGGUUAAUCGCAUUGUUCAUUCUGUUAUGACAGACGUGCGUGACUUUGAUGAGGACGAGAAGGCUGGAGUCCCCACCAUACCCGUCCUUCUUGGAUCCCCUAUCAAGACUCGUAUUUUAUUAACUGUCAGUCAAGCAGCCGUUCUGAUAGCCUCUCUCGGCAACCCAUACAUUUUAGGGAGUUCCUGCUUCAUGAUUGCUCUUGUUUGGAUCCUAGGGAAAGAUUCCCCGAAAGUUUCCUUCUUCCUGAGCAUUCACUCGCAGUCGAUAUUCAUUGUUAUGUACGCUGUCACAAAAUGUUGGUCUCUCUAGACUACUGUUACUGUUAUCUUACGAAGGAAGAGAGGCUCGUCGAGACUGGACACGGUAAAGUCCGCACGCUUGUUUGCAGUAAUGCGGUUUCGCGCCGUUCAGAUAGAAGAAAGUGUCGUAUUUCUUGACAAUUUGUAUUCAUUCACGUAUGAUAAUGGUAAUAUUCAUCCCGGUGGUGUAGCCCUCCUUGUGUCUUCCUUGUGCCUAUGUGAUGUUUUGGAGUCCU